AUGAUGUCUAGUUCGUCUUAUGCCGCCGGGUUGCUGGCCAUCACUGAUGAGGCAUCUCUCAUCAAACACCUCGUGGACCGAAUCAGCAGCAUGGUGGUGUCCCUGUACAAGGACAAGGAUGAGCAGACGUCGGAAAGGGUGAGGCAGGCUUCCCUGCGCACCCAAAAUGAGCAGGCGCUCUUGGAGAUGAGCCAACACAAGCUCAACGUAGCCGCCGGCGCACUCUUGCAAGUCCUCGAAAACCUGCCCCAGAGCUUUGAUGACUCGGAGGAGGGCCAAAGCAGCCUGGCCCAGGCCCGCAUCUACCUGCUGAACCUGCUCGCCACCAGCAUGGCCUCGGCCUGGCAGUACCUCAAGAAGGAGGAGCUCAGCAAGCUGAGCGACGUCGAAGACAAGAACGUCCUCAAGCAAAAGGAGGAGCAGGUGGCAGCGCCGAACAUCGACGACAACCUGGCCGUGCGCAUCUGGAACAUCGCCGUCAACACGAUUUUGAAGCCGCCCGGCCCGCACCACGCCGCCGAGCUGCGCGACAAGGCCGGGCGCGUGCUCUUCCAGGUGUCGGCCUCCAAGUUCGACAUCCUGAUGGGCAAGCUCGGGUCGCCGUUGUCCGCCGGCGACGAAGUCUCGUCCCCGCUCAACCUGAUCGAGUACCUCAACCUCAACGCCGCCCGCCUCACCGACAUUUUGCAAAAGGUGCUCGCGGCCUCCGACGAUGCGCCCUUCAAGAAGGACAAUCUGAGGAUUUUGCUGGCCCGAGUGCUCACCCGCGCCAUCUGGAACUGGAUCGACAACUAUCCCAUGGAGUUCGUGUCCUUGUCCCAGAACGGCACCAAGCUGCCCGGCAAGCCCGAUGAGCUGUUCGACGUGUUCGUGGGGUGGUCCGGCAAGAACAAGAAGGGCCACUACUGGGAGAUACAGACCAUGCUGCUCAUCCUGUGCCCGGACAUCAUGUUCAAGGUGGCCAAGAGCGAGACGACCAAGGAGACCGCCACCAAGGAGAAGUUCAUGCACAACCUCAACAAGGCGCUCAAGGGCAAGCUGGCCGACAUCGCCGUGGUGUGCUACGUCAACAUCUUCAAGGCCUCGACCUUCGUCACCAAGCAGGACAGCUCGGCCCUGCGAUUCACCGUCACCGCCAUCGAGCCCGAGCUCAAGGAGCGCCUCUUCAACCCGGCCUCGCCCUUCAAGCCCUCCGACGGCAACGAGGUCCAGAUCAUGACCGACUGCCUCCUCGCCUCCUUCCGCCUCUCUCACGUCAAGGGAGUGAAGUCGUUCACGGACCUGCUGGCCAAGGAGUUCCCGCCGGUGUACAAGCUGGUGUUGGUCAACACCCUCCAGCGAAUAGUGGACGAGGGGGCCAGCAUCACGUGGAACGCCACCAUCACCGACGCCUACCCGGUCAUGGCCCCGCAGCUGCGGAUCCUCUUCCAGGAGCUGGUCGAGAGCGUGCGCUCGUACAACGAGCUCCGCAAGCAGACCAACAAGCAGGACAAGAAGGCCGUGGAGGCCGCCAUGUACAACGUCGACAUCCUCCGCCGCCUCAUCAAGCUCUUCAAGUCCGACCCCAUCCUCCCGCUGCACCCCCAGGGCAAGUCGUGGUCGCAGGACCUGGAGGCGGCGCGGUCGCUGCUGAAGGGCCUGUGCCUGUGCGCGUCGUGGUUCUUCCUGCCGGAGCUGUCGCAGACGGCUUGCUCGGCGAUCGUGGAGCUGCACCGGCCCAAGCUCAUCGAGCGCUGGGUGCCCUCGAACCCGAUCGCCGGCUUCUGGGACAUCUCGUCGCACGUGCUGAUCGACCUCUCCGACGUGCUGAUCGAGAAGAAGUCCAUCAAGCUGCCCGACCUGCGGCAGUACAUCAACCUCUUCCGCGAGAUCCUGGCCUUCCGCAACGAGUUCCUCGCCACCCACAAGGAGCAGCGCGCCGGCGAGUCGGCAGGCGAGGCCGGCGCGUCGUCGUCGUCGUCGGGCGUGGCGGCGGCGUCGCUGCGCACGAACGCGUCGACCAAGAUCGAGGUGGCGCUGCUCAUUCAGCUGUGCUCGGGCGAGACGGAGAUCGUGACCAAGGUGGAGAACUGCCUGGGCCUGCUGUGCGACGAGAUCGACACCCUGAGUGAGGUCGACAGCGCGGAGAACUCGAUCGCGUCGAACCUGUUCACCUACAAGAAGCUGGCGUCGGCGUCGGCGCUGCUCACGGGCCGCGCGGCCCAGCAGCGCACCAUCAGGAUCGAGCUGCGGCGCAUCCGGCAGACGCAGGGCAACUUCCGGGCGUGGGAGGAGGUCUACAAGCGCAAGCCGGCGUCGAUCACCCCGUCGGCCGCCGUGGCGCUGCUGCCGCCCGAGGUGCUCAUCGAGUGGAACCACUACUCGGGCUUCCUGUGCGCCGUCGCCGGCGUGUGCCUCUCGCAGGAGCGCGUGGUCGUCGAGCAGUCGCGCAAGGGCGCCACCGAGACCAAGGUCAAGAUCAUCGACGCCUUCAUCGACGAGCUCCUCGAGCUGCUCGUCUCCAACAUCGACGUCGUGCGCGAGACCACCACCGAGCUCCUGGGCUCCACGCUCUCGCCCACCGCCUACUCGGUGCUCUUCCACCACCUCAACGCGCAGGUCAAGACCUUCUUCGGCACCGCCGGCCAGAUCAACUACUCGCCCGAGGCCACCACCUUCGCCGACCAGGCCAUCUCCGUCAUCAAGCACAUCCUCGAGCUGCCCGUCGACUCCUACACGGCCGACGACCUCGCCCUCCUGACCGACUUUGAGGAGGUCAUCACCAACCUCAUGAAGUACGUCUCGCAGCUCGUCAUCAAGGACAACCCGGCCGCCUCGUUCCGCAUCAAGAGCAAGAUGUGCGCCUGCCUCGAGGCCAUGAUGCAGAAGCACCAGUUCAUCUCCUUCGGCAACGAAUUCCAGUUCCGCCACCGCGUCGUCGAGAUCGUCAUGGAGUGGAUAUCCGACUUCAACGCCGCCAAGCCCGGCAAGACCACGCUGAGCGAGCUCACGCCGGAGAAGCAGAAGGAGGUGACCAAGGGCACGGUGGACCUGGACGUGGCGGCCGUGAAGGCCAUCGCGGCGCUCUUCAAGGGCCUGCCGGUCUCCAAGGAGGACGCCGAGGAGGCCGAGACGUCGACGCUGGGCAAAUACUUCACCUUCUUCACGCGCCUCCUCACCCGCGCCAAGUCCGACCCCAACACGCCGCGCCAGAAGGCCGACAUGUCGGUCAUGGCCCUCUCCAACCUCCUCAGCGCCAACAUCGACUCGGCCCUCGAGUACUUUGUCACCAUGGGCUACCACGAGGACCUCGAGACCCGCGCCUCCUUCCUCAAAGUGCUCACCAACAUCCUCAACCAGGGUACGGAGUUUGAUUCGCUGGCGGAGGAGGGGGACAAGUUCGACAAGUUGCUGGAUCUGGUGCUGGACCCGAAGCUGGAGGUGGUGCUGGCGCUGUGCGCGGUGAUCCAGAUCACGGAGGCCGACGAGGUGGCGCAGCUGCUGGUGCGGCUGUUCGAGGCCAACGAGCGGACGAUGAUGAUGCUCAAGAUGGUCAUCGAGCAGGAGGUGAGCAAGACCGAGACCGAGAACACGCUGUUCCGGCGCAACUCGAUGGCCACCAAGCUGCUCGCGGCCUACACGAAGCUGAUCGGCACGCGCUACCUCAAGGACACGCUCACGCCCACGCUGCAGCGGCUCAUCGCCAACCCGCCGCCGCUCGAGCUCGACCCGCAGAAGCUGCCGGCGGGCCAGGACCGCGCGACCAACAUCGAGAACGUGACCAAGGCCGCCGACGACUUCCUCAAGGCCAUCGAGGCCUCGGUCGAGCACUGCCCGGUCCAGUUCCGCGAGAUCUGCGCCUACCUGCAGCAGGAGGUGGGCAAGCGGUUCCCGGGCGCCGAGCACGCCGCGAUUGGCGGGUUCAUCUACCUCCGCUUCAUCUGCCCGGCCAUCGUGUCGCCCGACGGCUACGGCCUGGUGCAGUCGCGCGUGCUCACGCCCGAGCUGCGCCGCGGGCUCAUCCUCACGACCAAGGUGCUCCAGAACCUGGCCAACAAGGUCAUGUUCACCAAGGAGCCCUACAUGGAGGAGAUGAACGGCUUCCUCAAGGAGAACAUGAACGCCAUCUCGGGCCUCUUCGACAAGUUCGCGCAGGUGCCCGCCGGCGUGGAGCCCACCGGCGCGCUGGCCCACGUCUCGGACGAGCAGCGCGAGGAGGACGUCGCGGCGCUGCACUACCACCUCUCGCUCAACCUCGAGGGCAUGCGCCGCGUGCUCACCUCGGUCGACUCCAAGCAGAAGGGCUCCCACGCCUUCCUGGGCCUCACCAGCGUGCUCGCCCAGCUGGGCCCGCCCGCCGAGCCCACCAAGCAGAAGAACGCCGGCGCGUUCGGCGCUGCGCCCGGCGCGUCGGCGGCGGGCAUGGGCAAGGGCAAGGGCGGGCCCGGGGGCAACACGAACCUGCACGCCGAGUUCAUGGCCGAGAUGGCCAAGCAGAUGUCGGCCGAGACGGCGGCGGCGCUCGUGGCCAAGAAGAUCUUCUACAAGCAGGGCGUGACCAAGGACAAGCAGCCCGUCUUCUACUACAUCGCGCGGCGGCUCGACAAGGCCGACCGGGCCUUUGCGCAGCUCGACGCGCUGCUGUUCCACAUCCUCAAGACCGUGCAGCCGGACAUGGGCAAGAAGUUCGUGCUCGUGGUGGACUGCACCCUCUUCAACAACAAGGACCACGAGCUGCCCUACGCCUGGAUCACCAAGUUCCGCCAGGUGGCGCCCGGCGGGCUGGACAACCUGUCGCGCGUGUUCCUGGUCAACGUCAACCACUGCUUCAAGAAGUACUCGAAGCGCAUCGGCAAGCUGCUCUCGCGCGCCAAGUCCAAGAUGGAGUUCCUCCCGUCGGUGUCGGCCCUCGCCCAGCACAUCCCCGAGAAGGAGCUGGGCCUGCCCACCUCGACGCUGGCCGUCGACCGCGACGUCAAGGCCACCUUCUCGCCCGUGCAGAAGCUCAUGCAGUACUCCAACCAGAAGGAGGUCAUCAUCCGCAUCUCGACCAACCUCGUCGAGGUCAUCACCGCCAAGCAGCACUCGGUCCUGGGCAAGCGCGUGCCGCUCUCCGACCUGUACCCCAUCUCGUCCAUGUUCGAGAUCAACCACGCCGUCGACACCCACGAGGUGGUGAUCAAGUACUACGAGACCGAGGGCGGCGCCGACCGCGGGGCCGUGCAGUCGCUGGCCUUCAAGUGCCCGGCGUCGGACCGCAUCGUCAUGGCCCUCAAGGCCUCCAAGGCCCGCCUCAACCUGGCCAAGCCGGCGGCCGACCCGUCGUCGCGCAAGCGCAGCUUCCGCGCGUCGGACGUGCCCGGCACGCUGCUCAACAUGGCCCUCCUCAACCUGGGCAACACCAACGCCGCCCUGCGCGUCGAGGCCUACAACCUGCUCGCCUCGCUCUGCGCCUCGUUCAACCUCUCCGUGCAGCUCCACCUGUGGGAGACCUCGGGCCUCGCCAUCCCGCGCAACACCAACAGCUUCAUCGUCGGCCUCUCCAAGAAGCUCGCCCGCACCGAGGCCAACAUGACCCUCGAGUUCCUCAUCGAGGCCCUCCACGGCAUCGAGAAGAUCAAGGCCAACCUGCCCGGCAAGCAGCUCUGCCUCAACUACCUCACCCACUGGCUCCCCAACCUGCGCGACUUCUGCCUCCUCACCGACAAGUCCGAGUCGGCCCUCAACAUCGACAAGACCACCCAGAUCGUCACCAUGCUCAUGGACUUCACCAUCAAGGAGACCUCCAUGACCGGACCCGCCAUCCAGACCAAGGUCUGGGAGGUCAUCGGCGCCGUGCCCGAGCUGCUCGACCUCGUCAUCGAGGUCCUCCUCGCACGCGCCUUCGACCGCAAGCAGGGCGGCUCCGGCUCCACCGCCCUCUCCGUCAUCGCCGACGUCUUCGUCUCCAUGGCCACCCGCAACGCGCGCCUCAUCGCCGGCAAGCUCAUCGCGCGCCUCCUCCGCCUCCUGCCCCACUUCAAGGGCUACCGCGACAAGUACCCCGACGGCAGCAGCAGCAGCGGCGGCGGCGGCGGCGACGAGUCGUCGUCGUCGGAGGCCGACCUGUGGUUCCAGCUCGACGUGCUGGUGCGCAUCCUGCUCAUGCUCUCGUUCGACAACCUGGUCCACGUCCAGCAGUACCUCCCGGAGCUGUUCCACGCCGUGCUCCUGCUCUUCGCCACGGGCGCCCCCGUCACCCGCGCCACCGUGCACGGCCUGCUCAUCAACAUCGUCCACUCGCUCUACACGACCCUCGUCACGGCCGACAACAAGCUGCAGUCGCUCCGCCUGCUGCUCGCCGAGCUCAACCAGCCCAAGAUGCGCGUCCUCUUCGGCCUCGGCGGCCAGGCCGUGUCGGCCUUCACCACCCGCCAGGAGUCCGGCGCUUCUUCUUCUGCGGGCGCCGGCGUGGCCGCCAGCAAGGCCGACAGCAGCAAGCCCGAGCCGGCGGGCGUGGCGCUGUCGAUCAGCACCGUGGAGACGGUGGCGGGCACCCUGCUGGGCGUGCUCAACGCCUGCUCGCCCUCCAACAACUGCGUCGGCACGCCGUGGCACGCGCGCCUCCUCUCGCUCGCCACCAAGGCCGCCUUCACGCCCAACCCGGUCCUCCAGCCGCGCGCCAUCGUCGCCGUGGGCGUGCUCUGCAGCGCGCCGUCGCUCGUCACCGACGACCUCAUGGCCCAGGUGCUCAUCACCCUGCGCGACAUCCUGCCCGCCGUGCGCCUCGACCUGGACCUGCCCAUGGCCCUCAUCAUCUGCCUCACGCGCCUCUUCGAGCACCUGCCCCCGACCUCGCGCUACUUCCGCCCCAUGUUCUGGGUCGCCCUCACCCUCCUCCAGAUCGACGAGCCCAAGAUCUUCGCCGUCGCCAUCGGCCUCCUCGAGGUCGUCCUCCGCCGCCUCGACCGCGACUCCACCCAGUGCAUCAACGACGGGUUGGUGCAGUACUGCAUGCAGGCGCGCGAGGAGGGCGGACUGGAGACGGCCCUCGCCAAGGCCGACCAGAUGAUGGGCGUCUCCUUCAAGACCUCCUUCUCCUUCGCCGUCACCGCGCACCUCCUCAAGGGCCUGCGCGCACCCGCCACCAAGACGUCGACGGCGCGCGUGCUGUCCAUGUUCGUGGACAUCUGCGCGAAGAAGGCCGUCGGGUCCAACUUGCUGGGCUUCCUCGCCGCCCUCCUCCCCAUCCAGGGCGAGGAGAUGGAGGUCGACCACAUCCGCCAAAUUUUGCUGCCGGCAGGUCCGGAUUCGGGGAACCUGCACCACUACCUGAUCCGGGAGGAGAUGCUGCCGGACAACAUGAACGCGGCGCUGCUCUUCACCCUGCUCGUCACAAUUUUGAAGUCGUCCGACAGCGAGCACGAGCAGCUCUUCAUCUACGAGUCGCUGCGCGAGGGCAUCGUCCACAUGCCCGACGCGUUCCCGGUGGUCUACGACAUCCUGGUGCCCAAGAUGGCCCUCGUCAUGCAGAACAGCCAGAACCAGCAGAUCAUCGACGCCUGCCUCGCCAUCAUGCAGUCCAUGUUCAAGCCCGACAUGCAGAACUCCAAGAAGCGCCUCAACAAGGACUACGUCCACGCCAAGCUCGGCUUCCAGGGCCUCAUCGACUCAGACACCUUCUCGAAACCGGCGAUCAAGACGGACAUGCUGACCAAGGUCGCCUGCCAGGUCCUGGAGACCAUCAUUGGGGCCUAA